AUUUUUUCCUUGUGCUGCAAAAUCUCGGAUUUAAGGUUGUUCCAAUUUCUGUCCUAGGUUGUCCUUGUUCACUAUCCGAACAUGAAGCGUUUCUUGAAAAAUUUCACUCUUGGAGGGGUUAGGGAGUUUUCUAUGCAAAAUGCAAGAAAUCCCAAUACCCAAAGCCUCAAAAUUGAUGGGAUUAAAGAUAUUAUAGCAGUUGCUUCAGGGAAAGGUGGUGUUGGCAAGUCCACUACGGCUGUUAAUUUGGCUGUUUCACUUGCCAAAAGGUGUCAACUAAAAGUUGGGUUGCUGGAUGCGGAUAUUUAUGGGCCUUCAAUUCCUUUGAUGAUGUGCCUCCAGGGAAAACCAGAACUGAGCAACGAUAGGAAGAUGAUUCCAAUUGAAAGUUAUGGCGUUAAGUGUAUAUCGAUUGGAUCUCUUGUAGACGAAAGGGAAGCAAUUGUGUGGAGAGGACCUAUGGUGAUGAAAGCCCUUGAACAGUUGACAAGGGGAGUUGAUUGGGGGAUCCUAGAUGUUCUUGUGAUAGAUAUGCCUCCCGGGACCGGUGAUGCUCAGUUAUCUAUUUCCCAAAGGCUACAAUUAUCAGGAGGGUUGAUUGUUUCAACUCCUCAAGAUGUUGCUUUACUGGAUGCUCGCAGAGGGGUUAAAAUGUUCACCAAAGUUAAUGUUCCGAUAUUGGGAAUUUUGGAGAAUAUGAGCUACUUUAAAUGCCCAAAAUGCAAUGAAUUAUCCUAUAUCUUUGGUCAAGGAGGAGCUCGGAAAACAGCUGAGGAGAUGGGUAUGAAAUUUCUUGGUGAGAUACCACUUGAGGUGGAGAUCAGAAGCGGUUCCGAUGAAGGUGUUCCCAUUGUUAUGUCAAAGCCUGAUUCUGUAAUAUCUCAAGUAUAUGGCAAUGUAGCUGAAAGAGUUGUCAUGAGGCUUGAAGAGUUAGAUAAGGAGCAACAUUUCAGGCCAGAUAUAUCUCUUUAAAUGUGUCGGUCAAGCUUUCCGCCAUCCUGAGUGUAAUAGUACCCAUUAGAAUCCACCCAUUUCUAACUAGAAAUCUAGUUGGCUCAGGAUAUAGAGCAUGACUGAAAGCACAUUUAAGCUAAGAAGAGUUCAAGGAAGUCCAAUAUCAGGAAAAGUGGUAAUCUGGUCGUGCUUUCUGGGAGGGAGCAACCCUGUUGACCAUCUUUCUGGCUGGAUAGCGAAUUAUCACUCAACAAUCAACACUGACUGGAAGUUGCAGGAAUGACUAUGUAUCCCUUUCGAGAAUUGAACCAUCUUCUCAACAUGAAAAGAUGAUAUUUACAUAUGAUGAACAUACCUGUGGAUUGAGAUGGUAUUAGCCAUUGUCAUCUUUCUUGGAAGGAAAAAGAAGAGAAGAUCAAAGAUUCUUUCCUGUGUUGGAUUUUCUCUUUUAUUUUUCCAUAUUGGAUGCUGCUUGUAUUUGUUAGUUGGAUUGGAUUGUUCAAUUUGGUGUUUGUUUUAGUGGGUAACUUGAUUCCUUCUUUUUAGUCAAAUGAUAAGAGUACAUCAUCUUAUGUAUUAUCUUUUAUUUAGUAUGGUAUCACAAUUUUCUUCUUUCUCUU